CAAAAUUCGUAAAGAAACAAAGUCAGCUGAUUUAGCUGUCAAAGUUCUAAAAGUACAAGUCACUGAAGAAAAAAUCGAAAAGCUAGAAGCUAGAGCCGAAUUCAGAGAGCACCAGGACUAACCAUCAGGAAAGGUACCGAAAGAAGAACCAAAGAUGUCGGAUCGCAAGGCAGUUAUCAAGAAUGCGGACAUGAGCGAGGAGAUGCAGCAGGAUGCUGUGGACUGUGCCACCCAGGCCUUGGAGAAGUACAACAUCGAGAAGGACAUUGCCGCCUACAUCAAGAAGGAGUUCGACAAGAAGUACAAUCCCACCUGGCACUGCAUCGUCGGCCGCAACUUUGGAUCGUAUGUGACCCAUGAGACGCGCCACUUCAUAUACUUCUAUCUGGGCCAAGUGGCCAUUCUGCUCUUCAAGAGCGGCUAAAUAUCGAUACAGCACUUACACCAACUGGCACACAUCGUUGUUAUCCGGAGCAAAACGCAGAAGCCACAGCCUUUCAAUGGAAUAUCAACACUUCAAUAUCUGUUUAUGCGCAUUUAAUUAUCCAUUUCUUGAACUGUCACAUCAACACUUGGUAAACUGAAGUUUCCACAAAUUAUUUUUAGACAAAUUCUAAAACAUUUUCCCGGGGCGACUUACCUGAUCUGAUAUUAAAUUAAAUGCUUGUAACUCGAAA